AUGUGCCGGGAGAGGGCCAGGUACCGGGAGAGGGCCAGGUGCCGGGAGAGGGCCAAGGUGCCAGGUGCCGGGAGAGGGCCAAGGUGCCAGGUGCCGGGAGAGGGCCAAGGUGCCAGGUACCGGGAGAGGGCCAGGUGCCGGGAGAGGGCCAAGGUGCCAGGUGCCGGGAGAGGGCCAAGGUGCCAGGUGCCGGGAGAGGGCCAAGGUGCCAGGUGCCGGGAGAGGGCCAAGGUGCCAGGUGCCGGGAGAGGGCCAAGGUGCCAGGUGCCGGGAGAGGGCCAAGGUGCCAGGUGCCGGGAGAGGGCCAAGGUGCCAGGUGCCGGGAGAGGGCCAGGUGCCGGGAGAGGGCCAGGUGCAGGGAGGCCAGGUGCAGGGAGGGCCAGGUGCAGGGAGGCCAGGUGCAGGGAGAGGGCCAAGUGCCGGGAGAGGGCCAGGUGCCGGGAGAGGGCCAGGUGCCGGGAGAGGGCCAGGUGCCGGGAGAGGGCCAGGUGCCGGGAGAGGGCCAGGUGCCGGGAGAGGGCCAAGGUGCCGGGAGAGGGCCAGGUGCCGGGAGAGGGCCAGGUGCCGGGAGAGGGCCAGGUGCCGGGAGAGGGCCAGGUGCCGGGAGAGGGCCAGGUGCCGGGAGAGGGCCAGGUGCCGGGAGAGGGCCAGGUACUGGGAGAGGGCCAGGUGCCGGGAGAGGGCCAGGUGCCGGGAGAGGGCCAGGUGCCGGGAGAGGGCCAGGUGCCGGGAGAGGGCCAGGUGCCGGGAGAGGGCCAAGGUGCCAGGUACUUGGUGGGGAGCAGCGUGCGAGACAAGAAUAAAGACGCCACCAAAACACUAACUCACUUACUGACUAACAUCCCCAGGAUUGCUCCACCCUAA